GAAGCGACGGCGGGGCCAAGGAGGGCAUGGGCUGCGGGUGACGUCACGGCGGGGGCGACGGGGAAGCGGAAGAGCGACGCGGAGGAAAAGAGCAGCGCCCCCAAAUCGGUUUUUUCCCCUUUUUGAAGAGAUGCCCAAGGUGAAAAGGAGCAGAAAACCUCCUCCAGAUGGCUGGGAAUUGAUCGAACCAACCUUAGAUGAGUUGGAUCAAAAAAUGAGGGAAGCCGAGACCGAACCGCAUGAAGGAAAAAGAAAAGUGGAAUCUCUUUGGCCCAUCUUCAGAAUUCAUCACCAGAAAACACGCUACAUUUUUGAUCUCUUCUAUAAAAGGAAAGCCAUUAGCAGAGAGUUAUACGAAUAUUGCAUCAAAGAAGGUUACGCAGACAAAAACCUGAUUGCAAAAUGGAAGAAACAAGGCUACGAAAACCUUUGCUGCUUGCGCUGCAUCCAGACUCGCGAUACUAAUUUCGGAACCAACUGCAUUUGUAGAGUGCCCAAGAGUAAAUUGGAAGUGGGGAGAAUAAUCGAGUGUACUCACUGCGGCUGCCGGGGCUGCUCUGGAUGAAAACGUUCUUCAAAAGAAACCCCAAAUUUUUUUAGAGGUUUUAAGUGACUGUUACCAUCAAGGACUGCUCAUAAGAACUAUUUUUUUCACGGCCUGCUGUCAAGACGGCUCCCUUUGUAUCCCGCGAUAGAAUAAUUAAAUGUGUAAAUGCAGUAAUGUGUUUUCAUGUCCUGUAUUGUCAUUGUAUAUUAAAAUAAAGUCUUGCCUACUCAUCCCAAA